AUGGAUGUUGUCAGUAUGUGUCCUACCAUACAGCAGCUUCUUCAUUCACUUACUCCCAGUAAGCAGCUCAGUAUGGAAAUAAACCACAUACAAAUGCAGAGUAACGUAGUAUUUCAUAUUCUGUAUAAGAUUCAUGUUUUUGGCAAACCUUGCCCCCCAUUUAAAAUCGUUAUCCUGGAUGAAGCCGACUCUAUGACAUCAGCUGCACAGGCUGCUUUGAGGCGCACCAUGGAAAAAGAGUCUAAAACAACUCGAUUUUGUCUCAUUUGUAAUUAUGUCAGUAGGAUUAUUGAACCUUUAACAUCGAGAUGUUCUAAGUUUCGAUUUAAACCACUGGCAGAUGGCAUACAAACCCAAAGAAUUCUGGAUAUCUGCAAAAAGGAAAAUGUGCAAAUUACAACUGAGGCCGUAAGUCAUCUGGUUGAGGUUUCAGAAGGAGACUUGAGGAAAGCAAUCACAUUCCUACAAAGUGCCACCAGGCUUACUGCAGGCAAGGAGAUUACAGAACAAGUGGUAACUGAAAUAGCCGGGGUGAUCCCUAAGGAAACCUUUGAAAGAGUCUUGGCAGCUUGUCGGAGCGGAUCUUUUGAAAAGCUAGAAAUUGUAGUGAAGAAUUUGAUAAAUAGUGGCCAUGCAGCAACACAGCUUGUAAACCAGCUUCAUGAUAUUAUACUCGAACGAGAAGAUCUGACUGACAAACAGAAGGCGAUCAUUACAGAGAAACUUGCAGAAGUGGACAAGUGUUUGGCUGAUGGAGCAGAUGAAUACCUACAAAUACUCAGUCUUUUUGCAGUUGUUAUGCAACAAAUGACUCAGAACAGCUAAUGUAGUCUAUUUCUUGGAGUCACUUAUUUUUUUCUUUCUUUGUAUAAAUGCUAACUUUGCUAAAAGUGACUUGGAAGCUUGUUUUAUUUUGGGACGUGUGUAAAGCUUAUUAUUUGUAAGUGAUGUUUUUUCAUAUAUAGAUCUUUGGCAUACUAGUGAUAUUUGUUACUUGUUUGUGUCGGGAAGUUAUCACUGCAUUAGGAAGUAGAGAAUGGCGGGGAACCCACGGCCUUGGAAAAGGAUGGACAUUCUAUUUAACCCAGGCAU